AAUAGUUUUGAUGGACAUUAACUAAAGCAAGAUGAAAAARGAAAGAGAUAGAGCUAUUUCCGAAAAUGCUUUAUAAUUCCCAAGCACCCAUCCACGAGAACCUAGAGAGCGACRGAAUUUACGAAGUGUGAAGAAACAGCGUUAGUUUUGGGCUUCCUGUGUUAUCACAUCCUCAAGUCGGUCUCCAGGACAUUCAACCACAACAUACAUACCCUAAGCAGGUAUGCUAUAAUAAUAAUCUCUCUUAAACCUUCGAGAUCUUAUUCUGCGAAUACAAGAAGGGUCUUUAUGUCUUUAAAGAUGUGUUUUGAGCUGUCUUUUAACUGAAAUAUUCGUAAUGACCGAAGAUGGAGAGAGCGACGAGCCCGUUGCUAAGGACUCUACUGCUACAAGAAAUUCAACUCAGUCAAAAGAAAGACUAGUUAAAGAGCAAUCAAAACCUAAAAGAGAAAGAAGAAAGCUUGUAUCGGACUUGAUUAGAAGGGAAAAGACUGGCGCACUACCUAAAAGGAAGAAAAAACAAAAAGGAAAGACUACAAACCGUAAUCCAAGUAUYGAUACGACUCGUGCGAAGAGCUCAGGUGAUGUUUUGAAUUUGGCGAUUCGAGAACUUAACUGGAGAGAGUAUCCAGUAGGCAGACGYACAGGGUGUGACCUGUACUGGUUGGGUGGAGCCUUUGAUGUUCCAGAUCCUUUACCAGAACAUGCUUUACUYAAUAAAUUCCCAGGGAUGUCAGAAGCUGCUCACAAGGUAGAAUUGACCCGACAACUCAAACGAAUGAAAAAACUCUUCCCAGAAGAAUAUGCAUUCUACCCAAGGACAUGGACUCUCCCUAACGAGUACCCAGAGCUUAUUUCAUAUGUGUCGCAGAACAGUAAUGGGGUAUAUAUCAUCAAGCCAGACCUCGGUUCCCAAGGAGAUGGGAUAUUCCUAAUGACUAAUCCAUAUGAUGUCCAUUUCAGUUCACUCUUAGCAAAACCCUGCAUUGUACAGAAAUACAUCCAAAAUCCUCUACUCUUGGAAAGACUUAAAUUUGAUCUAAGAAUCUAUGUAAUUUUAAAGAGUAUUGAUCCGUUGGAGAUAUAUWUUUGUCGAGAAGGAAUGGCACGCUUUUGUACAGAACGUUACCAAGCUCCCACUACAAAGAAUAUUCACAGAAGCUACAUGCACCUGACGAACUAUUCUCUCAAUAAGCAUAGUUCAACUUAUAUCCAAACCGAUGACCAUGAUAGGGGCAGUAAACGAAAACUAAGCUGUGUUUUCAACCAACUUCAAAGAAAAGGGAUUGAUAUAAAACGGCUAUGGUCCAGGAUAGAUGCUAUUAUUUGCAGAACACUCAUUGCUUUUAUACCCAAUCUCUCAAUCGAGGAAGACAUUAUAGUUUCCAGUAAAGAUUUGAAAACUAAGCUGAAGUGCUUUCAAAUUCUGGGGUUUGAUAUUCUGAUAGAUGAUGAAAUGAAGCCGAUUCUUUUGGAAGUAAACUCUAGUCCAAGUCUGAAGAUUGAUCAUGAAGAAGAGACAAGUACUGGCAAAGUAGAGUGUUUUGUUAGCGCUACUGAUAUUGAAAUUAAGCUCCCUAUUAUCAUGGAUACUAUUCAACUUGCUUACUUCUUCAAUCCAAGGUCUGAAAGUACAUUAAUCAAAAGCCCAGAUCAGUUUGGUUGCUUAGAGCAGCUCUAUCCCAAAUGCUCAGCCCAGUUUGACCACUUGAGGAUCUUAGAAAGAUGUCUUAAGUUAUUUAGACGGUUUGUUGGUGUGCGAGCUUCCAGUAGAUUGGGUCCUACGUCGUUUCGAAUGAUGGCAAGGAGAUGCCAGCUCACAGAAUUCAAYUAUACUUUAGCAGCCAUGGACAUUCUUUACAUCAACAUCAGCAGGCGACAUUCAGCUUGUGAAAACGGGCGCGCCUCCUUGGACUUUCAUGCAUUUGUCGAAAUGCUUCUUGCCAUCAGCAAYRGACRCCUCGGAAUCCAAGGCAGAGAGCCUAUCGAAGUGUUAGGGUACAUUAUACGACAUUGUGAGAUGCACUUGGAAAAACCUCRGCGAUGUCGCCAGCAAAUAGAUGACAGGCUUCCCAGGUCACCUUUUCUCAGCAUUAGACGAGCCAUCAAAAGCAGUUUUCAUUUGCCCACUAGUCCAAUAGUAUAGUGAAAACAAGACAAUAUUAUGUUUUGGAAGGACCAAAGAAAAGUAUAGAAGUUGAGGCAAAACUGACCUCGACGAUGUCGCCAACAAAUAGAACAGAGAAGACAGGCUACCGAUAACACCUCUACUCAGUAUUAAAAGUAGUUUUAAUUUGCCCACUAUAGUCUGACGGCAGUAGUAAAGGGAAAAAUAUCAAUUAUAUGACUCAACAUGCACGGACACCCAGAUGUAAUAAUGUUCACAUAUCUGUUCACAUAUAUAUGGAUAUAUAUGGAGAUUUCAAAUUAUCGAGUAAAUUAUAAGCGACGAUUUUAUUCCUAGUAAGAAUUCUAAUAAAAUGAAAUUUAAUGUGUGGCU